CGCAACGGCAGAUCACGCCUCAGAUUCGAGAGGAGCGUCUCUUGAAGUGAAGCGGAGCUUAUUUGACACGAGCGGACGUUCUGACAGGUAUCCUGACCGCAUUGCUGCAGCCAUGUCGGGGAAAGCGCCUGCGAUAGGCAUUGACUUGGGCACCACGUACUCCUGCGUCGGAGUUUUCCAGCAUGGGAAGGUGGAGAUCAUCGCCAACGACCAAGGCAACCGCACCACUCCCAGCUAUGUGGCCUUCACGGACACGGAGCGCCUCAUCGGGGACGCAGCCAAGAACCAGGUGGCUAUGAACCCCAACAACACCAUCUUCGACGCCAAGCGCCUCAUUGGUCGCAAGUUUGAUGACUCCACGGUGCAGUCCGACAUGAAGCACUGGCCCUUCCGUGUGGUGAGUGAAGGUGGGAAGCCCAAAGUACAGGUGGAGUACAAGGGGGAGAACAAGACCUUCUUCCCUGAGGAGAUUUCCUCCAUGGUCUUGACCAAGAUGAAAGAAAUUGCUGAGGCUUACCUGGGCCGUAAAGUCCAGAGUGCUGUCAUCACUGUGCCUGCCUACUUCAAUGAUUCGCAGCGCCAAGCCACCAAGGAUGCAGGCACCAUCACGGGCCUCAAUGUACUGCGCAUUAUUAAUGAGCCCACUGCUGCAGCCAUUGCCUAUGGCUUGGAUAAAAAAGGCAGCGGAGCUGGGGAGAAGAAUGUGCUCAUUUUUGACCUAGGGGGUGGCACCUUUGAUGUCUCCAUCUUGACCAUUGAAGAUGGCAUCUUUGAGGUGAAAUCUACAGCUGGCGACACUCACCUGGGUGGUGAGGACUUUGAUAACCGCAUGGUGAGCCACUUUGUGGAGGAAUUCAAGCGCAAGCAUAAGCGUGACAUCGCGGGCAACAAGAGGGCUGUUCGGCGACUCCGUACUGCUUGUGAGCGUGCCAAACGUACCCUGAGCUCCUCGACCCAGGCCUCCAUUGAGAUUGACUCCCUGUUUGAUGGGAUUGACUUCUACACGUCUAUCACCCGUGCCCGCUUUGAAGAACUCAAUGCUGACCUCUUCCGUGGCACACUGGAGCCAGUGGAGAAGGCCCUGCGGGAUGCAAAGCUAGACAAAGGACAAAUCAAUGAGAUUGUGCUGGUUGGGGGUUCCACCCGUAUCCCCAAGAUCCAGAAACUGCUGCAGGACUUCUUUAAUGGCAAAGAACUCAACAAAAGCAUCAAUCCUGAUGAAGCUGUGGCCUAUGGUGCUGCUGUGCAGGCUGCAAUCCUGAUGGGUGACAAGUCAGAGAAUGUGCAGGACCUGCUGCUGCUUGAUGUAGCACCGCUGUCGCUGGGCAUUGAAACAGCUGGCGGUGUGAUGACUGCCUUGAUCAAACGCAACACCACUAUUCCCACCAAGCAGACACAGACUUUUACUACUUAUUCCGACAACCAGAGCAGUGUGCUGGUGCAGGUGUAUGAAGGAGAGCGGGCCAUGACCAAGGACAAUAACCUGUUGGGAAAGUUUGACCUGACAGGUAUCCCACCGGCACCCCGUGGUGUGCCCCAGAUUGAGGUCACUUUUGACAUUGAUGCAAAUGGCAUCCUCAAUGUCACAGCUGUAGACAAGAGCACAGGCAAAGAGAACAAGAUCACAAUUACUAAUGACAAGGGCCGCCUCAGCAAGGAUGACAUUGAUCGUAUGGUGCAGGAAGCCGAGCGUUACAAGGCAGAAGAUGAAUCCAACCGGGAGCGAGUGGUCGCCAAGAAUGCCUUGGAGUCCUAUGCCUAUAACAUCAAACAGACCGUGGAAGAUGACAAGCUGAAAGGCAAGAUCAGUGAGCAAGACAAGCAGAGGGUGCUUGAGAAGUGCCAGGAGGUGAUCAGCUGGCUCGAUCGCAACCAGAUGGCUGAGAAGGACGAGUUUGAGCACAAGCAGAAGGAGCUGGAGAAGCUUUGCAACCCCAUCAUUGCCAAAUUAUACCAGGGGGCUGGAGCUGCAGGUGCUGGUGCUCCAGGCGGUGGACCCACCAUUGAAGAAGUGGACUAAACUGCCCUGGACUGGACUGUGGGAGCACUUGCUACUUGCUCUUUUGUUUUCUCAAUUCAGUCAGUGCCAUUGCUGGAGGGGCUUUCCUGUGGAGGGUGUGGGAGGAAGCAUUAACUUUUUCUCUACUUUCCCAAGGGAAGCACAGCCAACUUCAAGUUUGUUGCAAAUAACAUUUGUCUUAGUAUUCUGAUACCCAUGCUUGUUGGUGGAUUUUUGUUUCAUGUUCACUGUUUUUUAAGUAUCCACCUAAAUGGUACAAUUGAGAGGGGGAAACAUUUCAAGAGCACAUGGAGUUGUUAAAUAUCUUUAAAAAAUGUUUCACUUUCUGUGAGUUUGGUCUGGUUAUUUUGAAUUUUUGGUAAUAAAAGUUAAUUAAAGCAUAA